UAUCACGCGUCUGUCGUGUUCGAAAUUGGUGAUGCAAGUCCUCCUUCAACGAUACAUACACACAAACACAUACGUUUCUUCUCUUAAUACAAACAUAUCUCUCUCUCUCUCUCUCUCUCUCUCUCGUCUCUCUCUCUCGCUGUGGACUAAUCGCUUAAUUAAGAUCCAAAACAUCUCUGCAUUCACACUGUACUCACUAGAUCGAUACACGCACAGAUAGAUACAGAUACAGAUACAGUGCGUCAAGUGCAGUGUCGGUGCUAUGGGAGGCGUGCCGUCGACGCCGCGGUGGAGCAGCAAUGCGCGGCCGCAGGACACGGCGGAGUACCUGAUCGGAACUUUCAUCGGAGGCAAGUCGUUUCCGAUUACGUCGGAGUUCUGGCAGCAGUUGCUGCAGCUUCCGGUUGAUCUCCGCUGGCCUUCGCAUCGUGUCAACGAAGCUUGCGAAGUUUUCUCACAGAACAAUUGCCUCACAAGGCACCUUGCUAAGAUCUUGAUACACCUAGGAUGGUGCUUACAGGAGUUAGUUACUUCUUCUGGUGUGCCAUCUGUGGCGCUGAACAAUGCUAUAAAUGCACUUCGCAUCUCAUCUGUUUUCCUCAAGCACUUGAUUGAAAAUUCAAAAGGUAAUAUAUAUGAGGAACUAUUCCUGUCGGUGGAUGGCAUUGAGGCACUUCCUGAUAGUUUCCCCAAAGAUCAAAGUAUAGAACAUUUUGUUUUUCAUGGCGGUCUUAGAUUUAUUGGAUCAGUAGAUGUAAGUUUGGACACAUAUAUCCUCCACCAUGAAUUACUCAACUUCAUGCUUGUCGCCAUGUCAACUCAGCUUCUUUCUGGGCCGUCACCAGGACCAGACGACGCCCACCCAUUUACAGAUGCAGCAAUGGUUCAGAAAGAAUAUAUAGUUGGUCUAGUCGUUCGCAGGCUGCUAGUUAACUAUAUUACUCGGCCUCAGUUUCCUUCUAAUAUAGCUUCUUACGCUAUAAUUGCGGAAGACAGUCAUCCUGGUGUUCUGCAGAGAGUUGGUUCUGCUGCCGCAAAUCUGGUGAUGCUGCCGUUCUCUUUCAUUGUCAGUCCAAGCGGUGAAACUUCGAAAAGUCCAUUAGCUGAGAGCAGUCUUAAUAUAUUACUUACUCUCAUCCACUUCCGGAGAUGUGUUACAGUGGAACCUGGGAAAUUAAAGUCUGAUGACAAUGGAAAUUCAGAUUCUCCUCUGAAAGAAGAAAUCUAUCUCACUGAAAAUCCUUACUGCAAGGCUUUGGAAUAUGCAAGGGAUGUUGAAUUUGAUCGUGCUGAUAUUGAAGGAAAUGCACAUAGUGGUCCUUCUAUACCUUUUGCUUCCCUCUUCGAUGUUCUUGGCAUGUCAUUGGCAGAUGAAGGUGCUGUUCUUCUACUGUACUCUCUAGUACACGGAAAUGCAGCCUUUCUUGAGUAUGUCUUGGUGCGAACAGAUCUGGAAACAUUGCUGAUACCAUUGCUGGAGACAUUAUAUGAUCCUGCAAGUAGGAGAUCCAAUCAAAUCUAUAUGGUGCUGGUCAUCCUUCUUAUACUAAGCCAGGACUCCUCUUUUAAUGCCAGUGUUCACAAGCUGGUUCUCCCUACUGUCCCAUGGUACAAAGAGCGCCUUCUUCAUAAUAGUUCUCUUGGUUCUCUUAUGGUCAUAAUCCUUAUAAGAACUCUGAAGAACAACCAGUCUAAACUGCGGGAUGUGUAUCUCCAUACAAAUUGUCUAGCAACUUUGGCAAACAUGGCACCUCAUGUCCAUCACCUCAGUGCAUAUGCUUCGCAACUUUUAGUUAGCUUAUUUGACAUGCUUUCACGAAGAUACUCAAAAUUAGCAGAGAUGAAAAAUAGCAAGAUGCAUUCUUUCAAUGUGGAACUAAAGGACGGUGACAUCCUGCCAGACGACAUGGUGUCCUCGGAACUGCAUAUUUACACAGACUUCUUGAGGAUCGUACUUGAAAUAUUAAAUGUGAUUCUGACUUAUGCCUUGCCGCGGAACCCUGAGGUUGUUUAUGCGAUGUUACAGCGGCAGGAGAUAUUUCUGCCUUUCAAGUCUCACCCACGCUUUAAUGAGUUGCUUGAGAACAUUUUCACUGUAUUAGAUUUUUUCAAUAGUCGCAUAGAUGCCCACAAAUUGGAAGGCGAAUGGUCAGUGGAGAAAGUACUGCAAGUCAUAAUUCUCAAUUGCAGAUCAUGGCGAGGUGAAGGAAUGAAGAUGUUCACUCAACUACGCUUUACAUAUGAACAAGAGAGUCACCCUGAGGAAUUCUUCGUUCCUUAUGUGUGGCAAAUUGUUUUGGCUCGCAGUGAUUUCAGCUUCAAUCCCAAGAGCAUAAAUCUAUUUCCAGUUGACCUCCCUGAGGAAGGACAGAAUAGUUAUGCAUCUGUGGAAGCUGAUAAGGGUGAAAACAAUGUAGAUGACAGAGAAGUUCAACCUGCUGAAGCUGUAUGACUUGUAUAAUCUUACUAGACAAGCAAGUUUCCAGAGGAUAUGUGUAAAAGUAAGUAUACAUGAACUAGUAAAGAAGCAUCCUCUUAUUCUUUUAUAUGUAUGUACAUAUAUCUCCAUCUAUACAGGGUCUUCUGUCAUAGGGUAUUACACGAUAGAGUGAGUAAAUUCCCUUAAGGGUAAAUAUCCCCUUCCAUUUUUGUGACAUAAUUGCCUAUACAGGGAAAUGUUUACCAUCUAGUUUUCCAGAAUAAUGUAUCUUAAGGUCAGUGCAGCUAGGUGUAGUGUGAAGAAAUAUUAAAAUUUCUUUGGUAUAUCUUAAUGGAAGUAUGGUCUUCUAAGCUUAUUA